GCUUCAGCGCCUGUUGCAUUUCAGUCGCUUCCGGGGCGGAUCGGAAGUUGCUUUGUUUUGCUUCAAGAUGGCUGCGGGGAUGUAUUUGGAACAUUAUCUGGACAGUAUCGAAAACCUUCCCUUUGAACUGCAGAGAAAUUUUCAGCUCAUGAGGGACCUGGACCAAAGAACAGAGGACCUGAAGGCUGAAAUUGACAAGUUGGCCACUGAAUAUAUGAGUAGCGCCCGCAGCCUGAGCUCCGAGGAAAAAUUGGCCCUUCUCAAACAGAUCCAGGAAGCCUAUGGCAAGUGCAAGGAAUUUGGUGACGACAAGGUGCAGCUUGCCAUGCAGACCUAUGAGAUGGUGGACAAACACAUUCGGCGACUGGACACAGACCUGGCCCGUUUUGAGGCUGAUUUGAAGGAGAAGCAGAUUGAGUCAAGUGACUAUGACAGCUCUUCUAGCAAAGGCAAAAAGAAAGGCCGGACCCAAAAGGAGAAGAAAGCUGCCCGUGCUCGUUCCAAAGGGAAAAACUCAGAUGAGGAAGCUCCCAAGGCUGCCCAAAAGAAGUUAAAACUUGUGCGCACAAGUCCUGAGUAUGGGAUGCCCUCAGUGACCUUUGGCAGUGUCCACCCCUCUGAUGUGUUGGAUAUGCCUGUGGAUCCCAACGAACCCACCUAUUGCCUUUGUCACCAGGUCUCCUAUGGAGAGAUGAUUGGCUGUGACAACCCUGAUUGUUCCAUCGAGUGGUUCCACUUUGCCUGUGUGGGGCUGACGACCAAGCCUCGGGGGAAAUGGUUCUGCCCACGUUGCUCCCAGGAACGGAAGAAGAAAUAGAUAAGGGCUUUGGAUUCCUACACAGUUUCUUCCACGUCCCCAGCCCCGGGCUAGUGGGGAGAGGAAAGCCUGUGCUGGGGCCCCGGGGGCCCAGGGAGAGUGGAUGGCGUGAUGUUGUCAUCCCUUCUCCUCCCCUCUCCCCACUCCUGGUGCUGAGGCUGCACCCAAACCCUGGUCGGGAGGGGUGCCGCAGCCGAUAACUGUUUGUGCUCUCAUUCAGCCUGCCCCCCUCAGAGGGAAGUGGUCUUGCCCACUGUCCUUUUGCCUCCAUGCUGAGGUUGGUGCUGUAUUUCCAAGGGAUGGUCCUCUUUACUCCCCUUGCUUUGUAUUUAAGGAGUUGGGGCAGUAGCAUGGGGGCACUUCCCAACCCUCCUAAAUCCCUCCCCCUGUGGGGAGCCAUGGUGUGAUAAGCUUUCUUUGUUCUCUUCCUGUUUUUUCCAUGGUAGGGGCUCCCCCAGAGCAUCUGGGCAGUGGCCUUAGUUGAAGGGGCACUGCUUCCUCUGUGCCAAGAGGAUUCAUCCUGGCCUUGUGAAUGGGAGAGGGGCAAGGUGGAAUGCAGAUCACUCACAUGUAAAGGAAUUUGAGUAGGUGAAUAAAAACUAUAUGUGUUG